AUCAUUCGAACGAUCGUAAUAGUGGCAUUAAUUUUGUUUCCGCGCGCGCAGCCAUGUUGACGGAACAGCUGUUAAGCGUGUAGCGGACAGAUUCACCUUGUCUAUUUUUAGCGUAUUAUUGAAGAAAAAACAAUGUUUGUUACAACAAAUAGUAUCGAUAAGGUGUAAUAAAAGUGUAGAAAGUUUUAUGAAAGUUAGUGAUGUCCAAAAUGUUUAUACAUUGAAAUUGUUAGCAAUGGCUUGUGGAAUACAAAGGCGCGACAGUGAUGUUUCAGUGUCUGAUGAAGAAUUUGAAGCAAAAUGGGGUAGAUUUUCCGACUGGCUGCACUGUAUAUGUGUGGUAACGUUUGAUUUGGAAUUGGGACAAGCUAUGGAACGUGUUUACCCGCCAAGUGUGAAAUUGUCGGAUCAGGAGAAAAGUAACAUUUGUUACUUGGCGUUCCCGGAUUCUAACUCGGGCUGUAUGGGCGAUACUCAAUUUCACGUUCGAUUGCGUACACGUGCACCAUUAACUUCGCAACAGUUGAUAUAUAACGAGGAUAGUGUGUCUACACUUAGAGCGGAUCCGACGCAUUAUUGGGGCUUCGUUUAUUUUCGUCAAGUUAAAGAUCCGACCUUGCCCCGCGGCUACUUCCAGAAAAGCAUUAUUUUGCUAACGCGUUUGCCUUUUAUCAACUUGUUUUAUAAAGUAAUACAGUUGAUAGCUCCAAGGCAUUUUGAAGAUGGUGAGAGUAGUUUGGAAGCAGCAUGUCAUGAUAUAAAUAGAUGGCCCUUGUUAAAUGCUGGCCAAAAUAUAGUUUUGCCAGUUUUGGGCACCGUUUUUCAAUCAUACAUUCCUAAUCAGCAAACUGGUAAAGUUACAAGGUCAGAUAUAGUGAAGCAAGUUCAAACAUCAAAUAUACCACAUGUAGUGGUGUGUAUACAGGAUGUUAAUGUAUUUGAUGCAUUGUCAAGUCUUAUAUCACAUUUACAUCUACUGUGGGAAUUAGUUCUUACAGCUGAACCGAUAGUUGUUAUGGCCAGUUCACCCACAGAAUGUUCUGCUUUAGUUCAAGCUCUUACACACUUAAUUCGACCAUUGCCAUAUUCAGCAGAGUAUAGACCAUAUUUCACAAUACAUGACAGUGAAUUUAAAGAAUUUACAAGGAAACAAUUUAAUCCACCUUGCGUAAUAUUAGGUGUGACCAAUCCAUUCUUUACAAAGACAUUACAACAUUGGCCUCAUACCAUUAAGUUGGGUGACUCAACAUCAAUCAAAACAAAAUUACGUAAAGUUGGCAGUAUUAAACAUUUAGAUACUGCACCUGGAGUGUACACUCAAUAUAAACCGUUUCUGGAGAAGGAUAAAACUAUUAUAAAGAAGUUACACAAUGGAAUGAGAACUGAUCGCCCAUCUGAAGUUCAAACAGCAAUGGUAAAGAGACAUCUUUUGGAAUUAACCCAAAGUUUUAUGAUACCGUUAGAAAGAUAUAUGGCUUCUUUGAUGCCCUUGCAGAAAAAUAUUUCCCCAUUUAAGUCGCCACCUGUCCCAAAUCCAUUUAAUCCGGAAGAUUUCUUUUCUUCGUUACAACAAGCUGGGCCUCAGCUUACUUCAGGUAUCAAGGGAGACUGGAUAGGUCUAUAUCGACACUUCUUUCGUACAAAGAAUUUCAGUUCAUGGUUCAAUGAAAGGCACAGCGACUUGACAAAUAAAUUACAUGCAUUACAGUUAGAAGCUCUAGCUGGGAGUGAUUUAAAAAAAUGGUCAAUUGGAAAGAAAGAGGUGGAAAUAGUUGACAUGGUUCUCAAAUUGCGAGAAGUCAUAAAAAAUAAUCCACCAGUGGCGGAUAACACACGGACUUUGCUAGUGCGGCAGUUAGACGAUUUGAAUUGUGUUCUUGAAGAUGAUAUGAAAGCUAUCUUGAAUGCAGCAACGUGACACACAACUUGCUGCAACGAUGAACUGAGAGGUUGCAGCAAUAAUUGUAAAGUUUAUUUGAAACUUACAUACCUGAAAUUUGUUCCAUGUGCAUAAUUGGAAGUCCGGCCAGAGCAAGGACAGUGCAAUUUUGAAUUUACCUAAAUAUAUUUGUUUUAGAUACUCAUAUAGUUUUAUGAAUAUGUGUACAUAAGCAUCUAAAUUUUAGUUAUAGUAAUUGUUGUUUUUAACAUAAGUGAAUACCUUCCCAUUGUCAUCUUAAUAUGUUACUUAAACCCCAAGACACCUUACUUUUUCUGUCAAACAUACCACUAAUCAUGACUAUGUGUAUUUUAAUUUAAUACAUAUUACUGUUAUACAGAUCCUUAAUGGCUAAAUUAUUUUAUAUUGAAAUGUGGAGUAUAUAAAAAAUGUGGAUAAUACAUUUAAAAUCAUCCUUAGUAGAAAUUAGUUCCAAUUAAUGAUCUCUGCUGGAUACAGUAAUGAAAUGGUUGAUAUUAUGAAUACAAUAUUUAAAAGUAGAGGAUCUGGUUUUUGCAUAUUUUUAUUGGAUGUGAAAAUGAGAAUCAUAAUAUAAAUUAAAAGUAGAGUUAAAUAUAUGAAGCUCCUGUUAUUAGAAUUAAAUAUACCUAUUUUUAUGUGUAGCAUAUGUAAAUAGACAAUCUCUUCCUCAAGUUUAUAUUUAUAAAUGGGUGUGAAACUCUUAACUUCCUGUAGCAUACCAAUAUGUUUACACGGCUUAAAAUAUUUAGAACAACACAAUAGCAGUAAAUUAUACAUAUUAACUCUAUAUGAUAAGAGAAAAAUCUAUUAAAUCUCCUUAAUGAAUAAAAGCUAUAUUCAAUAUUUUGCUAUUCAAUUUUAAAUGAAAUCUGCACCAGUAGUCUUUAUUUUGUUAAUAAUAAGAUAAGAGGCAUAUAAAUUUAUUUGAAGUGAGACUGCACAGGUAUAAUCAAUUUUAGCAUAAAACAACUAAAAGUACAUGAUAUAAUCUUUAGUAUAGAAGAAAAAUAUAAAUAUAGAAGUUUUCAUCAUUUUUAAUUCUACUUAGAAAUGAUUUUGGGGUGUUUGAACUCUCUAAACUUCCUUCCCCUGGCUGUACCCAUGAGUAUGAGAAUGCAAUGUGUAAGCUGUGUUGAUAUCUUGUAUUUUGUCUUACUUUUGUAUUCAGUAAAAUAAUCUUACAUUUAUUUAGAAGUGGAUAGGUAAGUUGACUUUAUACUAUAAUAUAUAAAUGAACAAUGUGCUGUUUAUUUAUAUUAAAUUCCUUAAUUAUUAAAAUAUAUUUGUUAUUUACUGACCAGUGAUAAGUAUAGUAAUAAAAAAAUAAUUCUUUCCACAUAUUUGUGUAUGAAGAGUGCAAUGCGUUUAAUAUUAAAAUAAAUUAUGAUUAUAUGAGUUAUUUCAGCACAUGGUUGUAAACUAAUCGGUCCAUGUAUUUGUAAUUAAUAAAUUUGUAUUAAAAAUU